UGAUCUUAUAGUUCCAUUUUCCUUUCUUCCUUCGCUCCCAUGCGUCUCUUGCUGAGCAUCAUCGUGCUGUCAUGCACGUUCGCAUGCAGUGAAAGCUUUUCGUUUGCCACUGUCGCCAACACGACUCCAACGCCCACUCUCUCGAACAUGACCAACGCCUCACCGACACCUGCUUACUUUCAUUGUGGUGAAGCUGUGCUGCCUUGUUCUGCGACGGUGACGGGAAACCUGCUGUUGAUGUUCUUUUAUGGAAUUAUUCUUGCUGCGGCUGCCAAACUUAUUUCGGAUGGUGCUGAGCUACUCCUCGACCUUGGUCUACCUGCUUCUGUCGUUGGUGGCCUCAUAUUGCCAGUAUUAGGAGCCGUGCCAGAUGCAGCUAUCAUUGUUGUGUCUGGAGCUUCAGGCUCGGCUGAAAAAGCACAGAACAGUUUGCAAGUUGGAAUGGGGACACUUGCUGGCAGCACAAUCAUGUUGUUGACAUUGCCAUGGUUGGGAAGCUUGAUCUUGGGUCGUAAUGACAUUGGACCGAACGGAGAGGCACAGGAUGAGACUGGAUAUGGGAAGUUUAGUUUCACAAAACAAGGUAUCACUCUUCUGCCAGACGUUUUGAAUGGAGUUAUCAUCAUGGUGGCAACUGCGUUGUCAUAUUUCAUCAUUCAAGGCGCUGACUGGCAUUUUGGUCCAACAAAGACUGGUCCACAACCUGCAUACAUACGUCGAGCAGCAGCUGCUACUAUGGCAUUUGCCAUUAUUGGUCUCAUUGCAUAUCUCAUCCUGCAACUAUACGACUCUCGAUCUGCUAACAGAAGGGCCGAGAAACACAGACAAGAGCAGCUUUUGCGUCGUGUGGCCGCUCGUCUUUACCUCAUGGCCAGUCACACAGCCUUCAAACCUUCUUCUACAGACAACACUGAUGCACCAAAAGAAAGUUCUCCAUUGGUUCAAGAUGAAGAAAGUGGUGGGGGUCUGCGGAAGAAGUAUUAUGGAGCGUGGAGAGCUCGUGGGAGUAUGACUGAUCCGGAACCGACAGAGUCAACGGAUGGUGGUAAGGAAGACGACUCGAAAGAGGAAGAAGAAGAGGAGGAAGAACCAGAAUCUAAACCAUUGAUUGCGUUGAAGUCAGUUCUGCAGCUCGCGAUUGGUGUUGCUCUGGUGGUUAUUUUUUCUGAUCCAAUGUGUGAUGUCCUGACAGAACUAACCAAUCCUGCCAACAAAUCACAUAUUCCUAUUCGAGCCUUCUACGUCUCGUUUGUUGUUACGCCACUUUGUUCAAAUGCCUCUGAACUGCUCUCGUCGCUUAUUUUUGCAAUGAAGAAGAAGAAGGUCAACAUUUCAAUGACAUAUGCACAGCUGUACGGAGCGGCAUCCAUGAACAACACACUAUGUCUUGCCAUCUUCAUGGCUCUUGUGUAUUUUCGUAACUUGAAGUGGGAAUACUCUGCAGAGGUGUUUGUCAUUAUACUGGUUGAAUUUGCUGUGGGGGCUCUAGGAUUCCGGAAAACAUACAGGGUGUGGCUUGGAAUUCCUGUCGCUUUGCUUUACUUCAUUUCCAUUGGUCUGGUUGCCUUCCUCGAGUCGUCGGUUAUCGGCUGGAAGUAACAGCAAGAGCAACAUAGUAGCUACUGAUCUAGGAGAAGCAAAUGUGAUGACUACUGAUAUGCGAUAUGUGACGACUUGUAUGUUCGUAUGUGUGUGUGUUUGGCAAUCGUAUUGACUUAAUUAGACUGCAUGAUUGGUGAAGGGCUGGGCUGGGCUCAUGUUUGGCUGUUAUAGUAGAGGAUGCUUAAUCUUGGCAAUGAAUUAUUGGUAUUGUGGACGUGAGUGGGAAAUUGGAUUGUGUUAACCAUGGA